AUGACAUCCGCUCGCUUAGUGUACGUGCUGUCUCCAGCAAAGACACUGAACAUGGCGACUACUAGUAUCACCCAAUGCACUCAGCCGCGUUUUCUUUCCGACACACACGAAUUGAUUGAGCAGUUGCGUUCAUUAUCGCACACUCAAGUCAAGUCAUUACUUGGUGUAAAUGACGCAUUAACCAAGCUGAAUUAUGACCGAUAUCAAGCUUUUGACACGCUAAAAACGGCCACGGAAGCGACAAACCCUAGUAAAUCCCUAAAACAAGCGGUCUUGGCCUUUCAUGGUCCUGCAUAUCAGGGUUUAGACGCUCAACAUAUGUCCACGAAGGACCUUCAUUUUGCCCAAUCCCAUCUUCGUAUUUUAUCCGGUUUAUACGGAAUUUUACGCCCAUUGGAUCUGAUUCAACCCUAUCGGUUCGAAAUGGGUCAAAAAUUUCAUACAAAUCGAGGCAAAAAUCUCUAUGAAUUCUGGGCACAAACGCUUGUAUUUGAAUUAGACGCUUUAUUUAGUCGAGAAGAAGCCAAUGAGGGUAUGAAACAACAACGGGUUCUAGUCAAUGUUGCCUCACAAGAAUAUUUCAAGACUUUGCCGUGUUCGGCAUUAACAGCAGCGGGAAUUGUAGUCGUUCAUUGUGUGUUUAAGGACGACGGAAAGAUCAAGUCGGUGUAUGCGAAACGUGCUCGAGGACUCAUGUGCAAAUAUCUGAUUCAGAACCGAGUGGACUCAUUGGAAGGUAUUGCAAGGUUUAAUUUGGAAGGAUAUCAAUUUUCAAACAAAGUUUCAAGUGAUGACACUUACGUGUUUACUCGCACUGGUGCUGCAAAAGAGAAAUUGCGUUUGCAGCAGAUAAAGGCGAUGUUUAGUCAAAAAACAAAGCGAGAAGCUAAUAGGACCGAGAAGAAUGUUGAUAAAACCCAGUCUACGGAUGAGAUUGAAAUCGAUGAUACUGGAAAUGAACAUCAGCCACGUCGCUCCAUGCGCAAAAAACAAAAGACAAAGUGA